AUGUCUCGUGACAUCCACGGCGCUUCCAGGCCCCAAGAUAUCGAACUUAAUUAUGACGACGACGACGACGACGAUGAGGGCUUGGUUUUCUCUUUGAACGACGGAGACGCAGCCAACAACCCACCGAGAAACAGUUCCCUAGAAGACGAUGGCGCACAGGAUGUGGUCCUUAAACUCUCUGAUUUACAAGGGGAUCCGAGUAGCCCUUUGUAUUCGGUAAAGACCUUUGAGCAACUAGGACUCUCCGAUGAAAUCAUGCGCGGGAUUCACGACAUGGGGUUCCGACGUCCGUCAAAGAUCCAAGAAAUGGCUCUACCCCUUCUUCUUGCUAACCCCCCUCAUAACAUGAUUGCCCAGUCACAGUCUGGCACAGGAAAGACGGCAGCAUUCAUGCUCAAUAUUCUCUCUCGUGUUAAUGUUGGACUCCAAAAGCCACAGGCUCUCGUUCUUGAGCCAACCCGUGAACUCGCUCGCCAAGUCGGGGAUGUCCUUAAAAAGAUGGGACGGUACACCAAUGUAAAAGGCCAGUUCGCAAUUCCAAACAUGGUGGACAGGAGUCAAAUGAUGAAUGCACAUGUUAUUAUCGGCACUCCAGGCACUGUAAUUGAGUGCAUCCGGCGCAGGAUUCUCUCGGUUCAAGACAUUAAGAUAUUCGUCGUAGAUGAAGCAGACAAUAUGUUGGAUCAGCAAAACAUGGCUGAUCAGUGCAUCAGGGUCAAGAUGACUAUGCCUGCGGGGGUACAGAUCGCUCUCUGGUCCGCCACUUUUCCAACAUCUGUAGUAUCUUAUGCCGAACGCUUCGCCCCAAAUGCGAAUACUCUCUCAUUGAAGCAUGCCGAACUCACCGUCGCUGGCAUCAAACAAAUGUACAUGGACUGUGCCAACGAAGCAGAUAAGUUCCGUGUCCUCACAGAUCUUUACAAAGUUCUCACCAUUGGUUCCUCCGUCAUUUUCCGCCGCGUUGAUGCAGACAAGAUCUACGAGCGUAUGACCAGGGUUGGCCAUAAAGUUGCUGUGUUGCACUCACAACUCGAAAACUCAAGCUGCAGAGACAACGUGAUCGACGACUUCCGGUCGGGAAAGGCGAAGGUUUUGAUUACCACCAAUGUCCUUGCGCGUGGAAUUGACGUUGCGACUGUUUCCAUGGUUGUCAAUUACGAUUUGCCAACUAUGGUGACCAACAGUGGUAUGGUGAUUGUAGACACCCCCACAUACCUCCACCGCAUCGGGAGGACCGGAAGGUUUGGCAGAGUGGGUGUUAGCAUCUCGUUCGUCCAUAAUCAAAGCACCUGGAAGGAGUUGUGUGAAGUUGCGGAUUACUUCAAUGUGCCAAUGCAGAAAGUCCCCGCGGAUGACAUUGACGAGGUUGAGCGCAUCGUGCACAGAUUCCUUAAAUCUGGUCCUCCAAAAAAGGGAGACGUCAUGGAGCUUAGCCGCCACGAGGUUUCCAGGCCUCAUCAGCGCCCGCAGGGGAGAUAA